GUCUCCCAUGCAGGAUCCCACAUACACGCCCACUGUUUCCAUGACAAUCGAUGUCAACAUAUGGGAACAUUUUGAUUUCGUCUACACAAGCCACUAUAUUUACUAGCUAUAAAAACACGUUUGAUGUUUACAAAUUAUCAACAAAUACGGAAGUGCCAUGAUGAUUGCCCACCCCGGCAGUGAAGUGAGGGUGUUAGUUCGAAGCCGACCGACUGCUAAUUUUGCUCAAGAGCUCAUUGAAUACCUACCAGACGGACAGACAGUGAGUGUCCACCAGAGGAAGGACUCUAGGAAGGGAGUGGUGAACAACCAGCUGAGCUCCUGGUCGUUCCGGCUGGACGGGGUGCUGCAUGAUGUGUCCCAGGAGGAGGUAUAUGGCCGCGUUGGGCGAGGGGUGGUGCUGGGAGCCCUGGAGGGGUACAACGGCACUGUGAUGUGUUUUGGGCAGACGGGGGCAGGAAAGACGUACACCAUGACUGGAGCCACAGAGAAUUACAAACAGAGAGGGAUCAUUCCUCGGGCCCUACAGGAGGUGUUCCAUGAGGUGGAGCAGCGUUCGGACCAUGCCUUCAGUGUCCACUUGUCCUUCCUGGAGAUCUACAAUGAGACUCUUGUGGAUCUGCUGGCGUCUGUACGGGGUUGCCCAGGGGUAGGGCCAGGGGGCAUGGCGGUGGUGGAGGAGGCAGGGGGAGGUAUCAGUCAGGGGCUUUCCCUGCACCCCGUCCACAGCGAGGAGGAGGCCCUUAACCUGCUCUUUGAGGGAGAGAUGAAUCGCAUCAUCGGAGCUCAUGCCCUGAACAAGAACUCCUCCAGAUCUCACUGCAUUCUCACUGUCCACAUUGAGUCUCGCUCCCGCACUCUGUCCGAUGCAAAGUAUGUCACUUCCAAACUGAAUCUGGUGGACUUAGCCGGGUCAGAAAGGCUGGGCAAAACCGGAUCUGAGGGCCAGGUGCUGAAGGAGGCCAUGUACAUCAACAAGUCUCUGUCGUUCCUGGAGCAGGCCAUCCUGGCCCUGGCAGACCGACGCAGGGACCACGUCCCCUUCAGACAGACCAAACUCACCCACGCCCUUAAGGACUCAUUAGGUGGGAACUGCAACACAGUGCUGGUGGCCAACAUCUAUGGAGAGGCUUCUCAGAUAGAAGAGACACUGUCCACACUGCGCUUCGCCAGCAGGAUGAAGUGUGUGCAGAUGGACCCUGUUGUCAAUGAACACACCGACCCUGUGCUCCAGGUCAGGAAGCUGGAGAAGGAGAUCCAGCUGCUGAAACAGGAGCUCAGCAUUCACAACACACUGGCGAACCGCAUGGGCAUGUCCUACGACACGCUGUCAGAGACCCAGGUUGCAGAGAUCCAGAGUCAGGUGCGGAGGUAUCUGGAGGGCAGCCUGGACGAGAUCAAUAUUGUGAGCAUCAGGCAGAUCCAGGAAGUGUUUGCCCAGUUCAAGCAAGCCGUGCAGCAGCAGGAGCAGAAGGUGAAGGCCCAGCUGUGUCAGAACUACACCUUGGUGGAGAAAGCCCAGAGUACAGCUGGCUCCACUGCAGCCAAGUCACAGGGCUCCCAAGGCACGGUGGGAGUGGUGGAGGGCCAUGGGUUUGGGGUGGGGCUGGCAGUUCCAUCAGAUAGGCACAUUCGGCUCCUGUCUCCAGGCAGGACCAAAGCCAUUAAGACCAAAGAGCUAGCAAGCCAGGGGAGAAAGGAGGCUGUGGAAGGAAGGAGUCCUGGUCCAGGGAAGCAAGUGGAAUCUGUGAACCCGGUCCAGAGAGACCGUGAGGGUCGCGAGCAUGACCCCCAGAGCCAGGAGCCUCAAGGACCACAGGAACCCCUUAGGACUGACUCCCCUCCCCCUAAGGCAGAGGCCUUUGAGGACUUCAAGGCAGAGCGGGGCAGCGAGAUCAACCGCAUCCUGAAGGAGAACAAGGUGGUGCUGCUGGAGCGCCGCGCCCGCCUCCGGGAGCUGACAGAGUGCGUGAACGCGGCCAAGAGAGAGAUUGACAGCACAAGCACCGCCCUGCACCAGUGGAGAGACAAGAGACAGAGCCAGGGUCAGUUUGUAAGUGCGGAGGGGGUCCCAGUGCUGGAUGAGGCAGAGCUGUCUCUGACCCUGCGUCUGAGGGAGUUGAAGACUCAGUACCGACAGCAGUACGAGGAGCUGCGCGGCACCAAGGCAGAGGUCAGCUACUGCCAGCACCUAGUGGACCAGUGCAGGACGCGCCUACUGACCGAGUUUGAGAGCUGGUAUAAUGAGUCCUUCCUGCUUCCUGAGGAGGUGCAAGCCAUGCUGAGAUCUGGAGGACCCAUCAGGCCUGGACUGGUGCCUGUGUACAAGGCAUUGGCACUGGAGGAGGAUGAGCAGGAGCACUUUGAGCGUCUGCGCUAUGAGCUGCUAGCAGACAGUCCCAGUGCCAUCUCCUUCUACAAUGCUCAGAACAGGACUGUACAGAGGAGGAACUACAGCAAGGCCAUGUCUCAGACACCAGUCCAGAAGACUACACCAAGGGGCUCUGGGAGAACCAAACUGCCUGCCAUUCUCUCUGUCAUCUGAAGGAGAACUGCUUGAUUCUAUCUAUUUCACCAAUAAUUAUUGCCUUGGAUUGGUCCUGAAUAAAGACACACUGGCGACCUAA